UUCUCCCUCCCCCUUCCAUUGGAAAGUCGGACGGUUUACUCUGAUUCUGGUGGCGGUUGGACCUGGAACUUUGGCCUAGGUCGCGCGAGCCUCUUGGUCUUGCAGAAUGACCCGUGUGCUGGCCUUUGUCUCGGCGCUGCUGCUGCGGACUGCGUGCCGGAGCUCGGUGGCCCAGGUCUGCCGACAGCUCAGAAACCAACGGCCUCUCUCUUGGGCUCCAUUUUACCUAACCCAGCACAGCAGUUACUGGAGUGUUUGUACAGCUCCCUGUGAAUCUGUCACCUAUCAGGAACUAAAACAGUUGCUUAAAUCAAAAACAAUUGUGAUUGAUGUCAGAGAACCUUGGGAAAUCAAGGAAUAUGGACAAAUUCCUGGAUCUAUAAAUGUGCCAUUGGGAGAAGUGGAGCAAGCCUUGAAGUUGGAUUCAAGCAAAUUUAUGGAAACCUACAAUGGAAAGAUGCCAUCCACGUCCGACAAAAUUGUCUUUUCAUGUUUGGCAGGAGUCAGGAGCAAGAAAGCUUUAGAGACUGCAAUGUCACUGGGCUACAGCAGAGCUCUACAUUUCCCUGGUGGUUGGGAAGAAUGGGUGAAAUGUGAAUUUGCUGAACAUCAGCGUUGAACUACUUUGAGAUUCUUCCAGAAUUUUUUUCCCCAAAGAAAUAUGAAGAAAUAAAAAUGACAUCAGGAAUAUUAAAUCUGCACUUUUGAUAGUUGAGCUUUUCUUACAUUUUAGCUAAAAAUAUAGUUUAGGUAUAGUUGAGAAUUGUGAAAGCUUUGAAAAAUGGUUUUACAAAACUGAUUGUGACCAACUUUACCAUGGUAUGCUUUUGGAAUAAAAAACAAGCAGGCUAAAUUUAUCUAUGUACUGUAUUCUUUAUCAUCAGCAAAAUUUGUAUUAAGCCAAACAUGUUUGUUUAUUCUGUAUGAUGGAACUGCAUUUUUAAAUUUCAUACCCCUGCUAAAUAAUAUUUUGUAAGUUGUCACUAGCAUUUGAGAACAUGUUUGUCCACAUGGAAUUAUUUUCUUUCAGCCCCCUUGCAGUUUAUCUUCAUUUAAGAACUUAUGCAUGUGAGUGUUACUGCAUGUAUAGAUGUUGGUUGAAGUAUAUAUUUGGACAGCUUUAAUAUGACCAAAUGUGCAAUGUUCAGAAACCACUUGUAUACAAAAAUGUGGGCUUUUACCUGAAAUAACUGUAUAAGAAACUAUAUUUAGAACCGUUUUUAAACUUCAAAUCAUUUAAUUAUUGCUGAAAAACAAGUUUUAUCUUGCGCUCAAGACAGUUAAAUCAAAAUAAAGGGAAAACAUUUUAUACUGAA